AGCAACUCGCCACCAUAAUCAUCCAAAUCUCACCGUCUUAUUUGCAAAUCUAACCACGAAUCAACCCUAAUCGAUCUUCAAUUCGGUUACUUAAUCUUACUUCUGUUCAAUUUUGAUCUGCUUUUGAAGGUUUUUGAAGUUCAUCAAUGGCGGAAAUGGAAGAUCUGCACCACCACCUGAUCGAAAUUCCGGUCGACGGAGAACACCAGAAGCAAAUAAUCUCUGCCAUCAACGCCAUCUCCGCCAUCCAAGACCACCCGUUGAUGGAAAUCUCCGAAUCCCCCGGCCACCUCCUUCUUCUGAAGCUAUGGCAGAGAGAAGAAGAUCUUUCCGGUCGCCGGAUCGCCGGAAAAGAAACGAGAUUGGAUACUCUCCGGCGAGAAAUAUUCCAGCUUUGUUUGUUCUUCUUUACAUUUCAUGGUCUUUUCUUGACCAUUCUAUUCACGUCGUCGUCGUUGUCGUCAUCGUUAUCGUCGUCGUUAUCGUCGUCAAGCAACGAUCUUUGUCGAAAAUGGUGGAUACCCAUGAUGACGUCGUUAUCGUUUUGUGUCGUGAUGGUGUUCUUGGUUCAGAUGAAGCUUUUCCGGUACUGGAAAGUGUACGGACAGAUUCAGAGGGAGAAAACCGAUAAUCGAAGUUUGAUAAGAUGUAUUCAAGAAUUGAGGAUGAAAGGGGUUAGUUUCGAUCUAUCGAAAGAGCCCGGAAACGGGAAGAAGAUGAAGAGUUCGAGUGUCGAGAUUAAAUGGAAGCCGAUCACUUGGUGUUCUCGUUAUUUUGUUACCAUAUGUCUUGUUUCGGCUUCGAGUUUGGCUCUUCCGCUUUGCAAAUUCAUGGUUUGUGCUUAAAAACCGAGGUAGUGAAAUUCGAUUUUGGAAAAGGGGGAUUUUGAUCGAGUGGGAAUGAAGCGUUUUGGUCCGAUCAGUGAGCCCGUGUCGUUUGAAGUGUUACGGUCCGUGGAAUGGGCGAUUGUCGGAUGUCGAUUUUGACACCGCGGGUUACCGGAAAACGACACGGCUUGUGUUAUUCGAUCGUAUCGAAAUCGGGCCUUUUUAAGGUUUGUUGAUGAUGGGAGUUUUUUGUUUAUGAUUUGAUUUAUUGAUUUAUGAUCGUGAAAAUAGAUUUUAAGCUGGAUACAAGAUUUAAUGCAAGUAUGAAUA